AAAAGCAGAUUUCAUAAGAGAAGAAGAAAAAAAAGGCUGAGCCGUUCUUAUAUUAUAUUACAAAGGGUACGUACGAAUGAGUGAGGAAUACGCGUAUGAAGUUGAUGAGCCUCUUUUCUUCGUAUAAUUUAGAGUUUGCGUUGAUUCAUUCGCUUUGAUGGUCUUGACAUUUGACAUCUCUAUUGUUUCUGUUGUUUCUGCUGUUUCCGUGUCGUUUCCAUCCUUUCACUCCAUUUUGACUUUCGGUGCUUGACGAUUUGUGAAUAUCAUAACGUUACCCGCCCGCACACCUACCACACACAUACCAAGCAAAUAUCAGACAGUCUCCAAGGUUUUACCUUCAGCCCCUCAGAAUCAGAAAUAUACGAGGACGCACUCGAUACGAGAUUCAGAAUACCACCAUUCCAUACCUAUCUAGGUUAUCUGAGUACACUUGGGGAAAAAACAUCCACAACUUGAGCAUUUGAGCAUACACGUCGCAUUUGAGCAUUCACGUCGCAUUUGACUGUACACUUUCCAUACCGUCAUUCCAAAAAUCCAGCAUUCAAUAAACCGACAACAUGGAAUUCUCAAUACAUAAUUUGCAGAAAUAUAAACUAGCUGUACAUAUCGUACAGUUAGCUAUGGCAGUCGUCAUAUGGAUAUUAGAUAUCAUCGUUAUGCGAUCAACUGCAACAGUAGAUGGAAGACUUGGAUGGAACUUUGGUUAUACAUUCUUGGUUUUACCCGCAGUGAUCUAUCUUACCAUGACCGUACGCUUUCCCCGGACGAGAAAAUUCGCAAACCCGUAUGCGCUGUUGGUGAUUGAUCUCGUUUGGUGUGUGAUGGCUCUGUCGGCUUUUGCAGCGGUCGCAAACUGGAAUUCAACCGGGAAAUGUGGAAGCGGGUGUAAAGUGAGCAAGGCAGUUGUGGGAUUAGGUGUUUUCUUAUGGCUCUUCUGGAUUCUCUCAACAGCAAUGUCAUUCUAUGGUCUGGUGUACUACAAGAGAGAAGGAUAUCUUCCCGGCGCAUCCAGAGCUCCCAACAACGCAGCCAUGAUCGAUCCCGAUAAAGAAGCUUUCUCCACCGCUCCCCACGAUGACGAAUAUGCACCAGUUCAUAAUGUCGAAGAGCACGAAGAGCAUGAAUUACACGAUGAUGGAUAUCCCGGCGGAAACUUCGUAGGCAGAGUUCACUCACCAGAUUACGAACCUUCGAGUUACGGAGGAUCAUAUGCACCUACAUCGACGGCUCAUCAUGAUGAUUUGGAAGCUUCAACCGCGUAUACCGGAUACAGUGCGAGUGGAUAUGGCGGAUCACAAAAUUCGAGGACGGGGCGAGCGCAGUUUCCCGAGGGAAAUUAUGGUAAUAUCCCAGUCAUUGGUGAACCAUGAGAAACUUGAUUAUUCAAGAAUAAUUGAGUAAUACAUUAUACAUUAUACAUGAACGGAUAAACGGAUGGAUGGCACAUGAUAGAUGAUUUCACAUUGGCGUUUCUGGUUUCCUCCUGUUAUGGUUUCGAUACUAAUGGAUCCCGUUUGAAAGUCUCUGUAUAUCGUGUCGGAUUGGUAGAUGGAUUGGUUGGGGAAGAAACAACAUACAGGUACAUUUGAAUGAGUGCAUUUAGCAUAUAUCACAUGUACCAGAUGGUAUGAGAACAACACAAGUUCAUCGGGAGGAGACAUGACUUGCAUAUGUAUCUUCGGGGGUUUUAGGAGCAAUUGGUGGAGGACUUUACUUGGCAUUAGCAUGGGUUAGGAUGAGAAUGAGUAUGAGGAUGAGUAUGAGGAAUGACGGAAUUUGAUUGAAGGACGAUUCGGAACAUUUGUUAUAUAGAAAUAUAUUUUGUAGACGACAAUGAAAGGGAAAUUGAAAUGUGUUGUUGAGAUGUUGAG